AUUGCUACAUCAGAAAUUAUGACUGGUUACCUAUUUCACCAAAUUGCAUCAGGUGAUCAGGUGGCAGAAGCCAAUCAACCAAUGACAUUAGAACACUUUUUGGAGCUAUUUCACAACAACCUUCUUGACAUAGGAGUUGAUCCAUCAUCCUAUGAUACCCAUUCAUUCUGCCGUAGUAUAUAUGGAGUAUGA